CAUAAUUUUAACAUGCAUUUGGAAAAAAAUAAGGAAGGACUACAAAUCGGCUUUUGUUGCAACAUCACCUUGUAUGAAUUCGCCGUGGUCAAAUUGUUUCUUAUCAGAAACACAAAGAGAAAUCAUACAAAUAGUUCAUUUUAUAAGUGGUGAAUAAUUUUUGCUGAAAUAUAAUAGUUUGCUCGCCAUUUUUAAAAAAUCUAUCAGUUCUUAAAUCGUUUUUAAAACAAACUUCUGUAAUGCCAGACAUUAAAAUCUGUCAGCAUAUGCUUGAUAAUAUCGAAUACGAUAGUGUAACAAACAGCGAAAUUGAAAAGGUGACUGGGAAAAUGGUCGACAGUGCAUGUAAUUGCACACCCACCGUUCUAAUCGUUGCUGAUAAAGCCGAUCUCAACGCGGCUGCUUAUUAUUUGGCACAAUCACUUCAAUCUCCUUUUGCCAUCGAUGUUAUUGUGACUGUACUCGUCGCUGAGUCAGUACGUACGCCUUUCCUGGAGCGCCUGCAUCCACAAUUGCGAGCAAUUCCAAGUGAGGUAGCACCGCACAUUGAACGAAAUAAUGCUUUAGCUUUGAUAGCUAAGCACAACUGGGAGACCAUUUCUGUACCAGAGUUAGGGGCGAACUCACCUGUAAUAGUGUGUGAUGUGACGCAUGAUCAUUUGGGAACUGGUUACAAUGGUGUUACGACACUCCAUACAUUCCGUACUACACAAGAGUCUAUUAGCUUGUAUAAAAAAGAAUCGAUAAAAGCAGUAAAUGCGUCUAUUUGGACGAGUAAUCUUGCCAGCGCAUACGAAAUGGCAUUGCAGAUCCCAUGCGUUAACAUCUUUAUUGACUGUAAUAAGGUCUCUUUGGAGCCACUGGAAAACGAUUGCACAACUGCGAGUAAUGGAAGCUGUGCUUUGGUUAAAGGAAAUUACCAUUACGAAAGACUAAUUCUAAAGAAUGGAAGGAAAAAUAUUGUUUUUCCUUUUGGAACAGCUAUUGCAAAUUAAAAAUGAUAUGUGAGACAUGUGGACUACAAUUUGUUAAUUGUACUUCAUGUAUUAUUUACUACAAACACAUAUAUAAUUUCCAUUAAUGUAAUAAACACAAUUUAAAUGUAAUAAACACAAAUUAAACGAA